UUUUUUUGUUUUUAUUAUUAUUUUAUUAUUUUAUUUUACUUUUCUCAAUCAGAUUAAUAGAGCUAAUAAUGUCUGACCCUACUGACUCUCUGACUCGCGGCAAAUUCAGCAUCUCGCUUGAGGAUUCGGACAACGAGCUUGACACCCUCACACAGGAUAUUAAGGGCCUUUCGACCGGCGCCAAGGGCUCAGAGCAGAAGAAGCAGACUGAGGAGGUGAAGGAGGUGAAGGCGCAGCCCAAGGAGCUUAUCGAGGACGAAACCGAGGUCGAAGUCCGGCUGGCCGACAUCCAGGCCGACCCCAACUCGCCCCUGUACUCCAUCAAGUCGUUCGAGGAUCUGGGUCUGCACGAGAACCUGCUCAAGGGACUCUACGAGAUGAACUUUACCAAGCCCUCAAAGAUCCAGGAGCGCGCACUCCCCCUGCUGCUGGCCAACCCGCCACGCAAUAUGAUCGGACAGUCGCAGUCUGGAACAGGAAAGACCGCGGCUUUUGUUCUGACGAUGCUCAGUCGCGUCGACUACGAUCUCAACGAGCCCCAGGCACUGUGCUUGGCGCCAUCGCGCGAGCUUGCCAGGCAGAUUAUGGAGGUUGCGCAGCAGAUGGGCAAGUACACGCCGAUGAAGGCUGUGUAUGCCAUCAAGGACUCGAUGAAGAGGGGGGAGGUCAUCAACGCGCACAUCGUAAUUGGUACUCCCGGAACCGUCAGCGACUAUGUCAGGAAUCGCAUUCUGUCGCUGAAGCACAUGAAACUGUUUGUUCUCGACGAGGCCGACAACAUGCUGGACAACCACGGGCUGGGAGAUCAGACGCUGCGCGUCAAGAACAUGAUGCCCAAGCAAAUCCAGGCUGUCCUGUUCUCUGCCACUUUCCCCGACAACGUGCGCCAGUUCACAGAGCGGUUUGCCCCCGGGGCUAACGAGAUCAGACUCAAGGCCACCGAGCUGACCGUCGACGGUAUUAAGCAGUUCUAUAUGGACUGCAGGGACUCUGAGCACAAGUUUGAGGUUCUCUCAGAGCUCUACUCACUGAUGACUGUCGGCCAGAGCAUCAUUUUUGUGCGCCGUCGCGAUACCGCUGAGACAAUUGCUAAGCGAAUGGAGAAGGAGGGACAUGCCAUUGUGUUCCUGCACGGAACAAUGGACACUGUGAAGCGCGACCAGGUCAUGGAUGACUUUAGGAACGGCCGUAUUAAGGUGCUGAUCACCACCAACGUUAUUGCGCGCGGAAUUGACAUCCAGCAAGUCAACCUGGUCAUCAACUACGAUAUCCCUGUGGACGGUCAACAGCGCCCGGACCCUGAGACCUACUUGCAUCGCAUUGGCCGCACUGGUCGUUUCGGUCGCACUGGCGCCAGCGUCAACUUUGUCCACGAUGACCAGAGCUUGGAGCAGAUGGAGGAGAUCCAGAACUCCCUCGGCUGUAGCAUCAUCAAGGUCCCCACCGACGACUGGGAGGAGGCCCACAAGAUCCUGAAGAAGGCCCUGAAGUAAUCUUGUGCUUUUGUAGUUGGAAUUUAUUUGUCUAAUCGCAAUUUUCUUUUUCUUUUUUAUAUCGUGAGGAAUUUUUUUUGGCUUUUUGUGUUUGAAUUAAAU